GAACGGAUGAAGUGUGAGCCUCGGCGGGUCCCGUCCAACCUCAACUACUGCCCUCCCAUUCGCUGUAUUUUAGACUUCCGAGAGAGCCUGAGCCUCGGCGGCCUCCGUUGCAUUCUGGCCGGUGGCGCCGUGCGGAAGUUGGAGCGGCGGGGGGAGGGGGUGUGACACGGAGUCCACAGGCCGCCGCCAUGAGCCGCAGCUACAACGAUGAGCUGCAGUACCUGGACAAGCUGGACAAGACCAGCUGGAGGAUCAAGAAGGGCUUCGUGCCCAACAUGAACGUGGAAGGAGUGUUUUAUGUAAAUGAGCCACUAGAGAAAUUAAUGUUUGAGGAGUUACGAAAUGCCUGCAGAGGUGGAGGUGCUGGUGGAUUCUUGCCGGCCAUGAAACAGAUUGGGAAUGUGGCUGCACUACCUGGCAUUAUUCAUAGAUCUAUUGGACUUCCUGAUGUACAUUCUGGCUAUGGGUUUGCCAUUGGUAACAUGGCAGCAUUUGACAUGAGUGACCCAGAUGCAGUGGUGUCACCAGGUGGUGUCGGGUUUGACAUCAACUGUGGUGUCCGAUUGCUGCGUACGAAUCUGGAUGAAAGUGACGUCCAGCCCGUGAAGGAACAGCUCGCCCAAGCCAUGUUUGACCAUAUUCCAGUUGGCGUGGGUUCCAAGGGUGUCAUCCCCAUGAAUGCCAAGGACUUGGAGGAGGCCCUGGAGAUGGGUGUGGACUGGUCUCUCCGGGAAGGCUAUGCCUGGGCAGAGGACAAGGAGCACUGUGAGGAGUAUGGAAGGAUGCUGCAGGCUGAUCCCAAUAAGGUCUCCUCAAGAGCUAAGAAAAGAGGCUUGCCUCAGCUGGGGACCCUGGGAGCAGGAAACCAUUAUGCUGAGAUCCAAGUGGUGGAUGACAUUUAUAACGAGUAUGCUGCCAGGAAGAUGGGCAUUGAUCACAAGGGACAAGUGUGUGUAAUGAUCCACAGCGGCAGCAGAGGCCUGGGCCAUCAAGUAGCUACAGAUGCUUUAGUGGCUAUGGAGAAAGCCAUGAAACGGGACAAGAUCAUAGUUAAUGAUCGCCAGUUGGCAUGUGCCAGAAUUGCCUCCCCAGAGGGACAGGACUACCUAAAGGGAAUGGCAGCAGCUGGGAACUAUGCAUGGGUCAACCGCUCUUCCAUGACUUUCCUAACCAGACAGGCCUUCGCUAAAGUCUUCAACACAACCCCUGAUGACCUAGAUCUUCAUGUCAUCUAUGAUGUGUCUCAUAACAUUGCCAAAGUGGAGCAGCAUGUGGUGGAUGGAAAAGAGCGGACCCUGCUGGUGCACAGAAAGGGAUCAACCAGGGCUUUCCCUCCUCAUCAUCCUCUCAUUGCUGUUGAUUACCAACUGACUGGACAGCCAGUACUGAUUGGUGGGACAAUGGGAACCUGUAGCUAUGUUCUUACUGGUACUGAACAAGGCAUGACCGAGACCUUUGGAACCACGUGCCAUGGAGCUGGUCGUGCAUUGUCCCGAGCGAAAUCUCGACGAAACUUGGACUUCCAGGAUGUGUUGGACAAGCUGGCUGACAUGGGGAUUGCAAUCCGUGUUGCUUCCCCCAAGCUGGUCAUGGAAGAAGCACCAGAAUCCUAUAAGAAUGUGACAGAUGUGGUUAACACCUGCCAUGCUGCUGGCAUCAGCAAGAAAGCUAUUAAAUUGAGACCUAUUGCUGUUAUUAAAGGCUAGGAACUGACUGAGGCUAUCAGAAAUCACUGGCAUAGCAAUGCCUUCCACAGAACAGACUAAAAUUGUCGUCAUCAUCAUCUUUCAUACCUCUUGAUUGCAGAGUGCUCAGAUAGUACACUCCCUAUUCUGGAAAUACGACUGGGCGAGGAGUCUCAAAAGUAACUUUUUUUUGUGUUACGGUGCUCUUUAGCAUGCAGAAGGGGUAAACAAACCAAUGCUGUUGCCUUAUGUAUAAUGAUCCCACAAAAAUGCAUGGAAUUCCAUUAGAACUGCAGACCUGGCUCAACCAGACUCACUAAUAAGCCUGCAGAUGGCAGUACACCCUUCAUCAGCCAAUUUAAUAUAUAACCCUUACCCAACUCACUGUGCACCCAAGUGACCAGAGCUCCUGAUGCCAACUGAAGUCCUCUGGCAGGUCACAUACAGAACUCCUGGCAGUGGGAAGAUGCUCUGUUUGCAAACACUAAUCUGUAUUGUGUAGACAUACGGUAGUGGUAGUUAUGUAACAAAUGAUGAGUAGGGAGUGGUCUUAACCCUAACAAAAAGCAUGAGAGAGACUAACCAGGGUUCAGUCACAGCCCCCAUAAUUAAAACAUGACCCUGGGGUGUACUGACUCCUUUGAUAUUCACAGUUGUUCCACAAGGGCUGAUGGGAAUUCUAGUGCCAUUGGGUAUGGUAUUGAAAAGGUCAAAUGUUACCUUGCACAUGGUGUGACUUAACAACUGACAGAUGUGCUUAGCAUAAGACUUGAAAGGUCUGCAACUGUAAUUGGAUCUGCUGGCACAGCUCUCUCCAAUGGGUUUCUGUGUGGAUGACUUAGUGGAUUGAGAUGCAGGAUCAUGACUGAAGAUAAGUAUGAUUUGAGACUGACAGAUUAGCCCUUUAUUUUUGUUUUACAUUUAGUAAUUGAGACUUGGGAGGCAAAUCACCAAAACUGGUGAAUUUCUGGGAACUUGGAACUUCUAAAUAAAUGGGAAAACACAAAAUCACUGCAGUGUGCGUAGUGUCCUCAUUGUGUUGCUGAAACAGCUGAUUAUUAAAAAGAAAAAAGUGCUUAUACUGUGAUCUAGAAGUUACCAAGAUUUCAGAUUAUAGCCAAGCUGUUGUGUCCGCACGUGGGCUAUGAAUUGUACAAAUGCUUGCAUUUAGUAGCACUGUUUGUUCCAAGAAAUGCUAAUAUAGCAAAUAAGUGCUUAACUUUAAUAGACUUGUUUAACAUUACAUUUUUCUCAGAACCAGUUCUUCCCCCUCCCCCCCCCCUCGCUUUUGUCCUGGGUGAAACUUGCUUGUAAAUGCAGACACUAUGUGGCACUCAUAUUAAAAUAAAAUCCUGAAGCUAGUGCAGAAGUGCCACCCUGGCAAAAGUGCCCAUAAUAGGGGUUCAGAAACUAACUACUGGUAGAGACUCCAACCUGGGCUUGUCUGAUUAUGUACUCAUGAAAACGUUAAUUCAAAGCAAGUGCCUCGUAUGAAGCCUGUUGAUGUUGGAAUAUGGAAUGGAAUGUGGUUCGAAUUAAUAACCUAACAUUAAGUUUUAUUAGAAUUUUAAGAAUUAGAACUUUAUUUUUAUAGGUACAGAAUCAGUCUAUGCUAGGAGACACUGGUAUGACUCUUGUCAGGCUUUACUCUGAUGUCACUUCCUCCAUUGUCUGCAGUGGAAUCACUCCCAGUUCUCACUUGCAUAAGAUCAGAAUCAAGCUCACUGAAUUUCAGUGCAUGUUUUGCAGGCAGAAUCAGACCCACAGUGUCAGCAUCCACAACUUAAGUUGUGCUGCUAACCCAUCCCCUGUUGUGGUGCGAGCUCCAUGCAGCAUACGUUGCACAUGGCUGAUGUAAAUGUAAUUCCUUUUCAUUACCUUAUUUCAAGGGACCUCUGAAAAUAUUUUUGCAUGUUUCAUUAUUUUGUAAAACCAUCAUGGUUUGAAUAUUUUUUUUUUCUUUCGCAACUUCCACUUUCCUGUGUUGCAAAUGAAAUUUAAAUUAAUGGUAGCUCUUGUUUGACCAUCACCAUAUGUUAAAACAGGCAGAACUUUUACAUACAAAAUAUACAUCCUGGUUUUUGUGUGACUAUACUUGACCUUUUCCUUAGUUAAUUUUUGGGCAUGAGGCUUAAUGGAGCCUAGAUCUGACAAUUUUGUUAGCAGCAGGUGCUGCCAUACUAGUACCAAUGUCUUGGGAAUUUUUGGUAAGCUGUACAGAACUGUCUUUGU